CUCAACGCGCACUGCGUGGGGAUUCCUCAGGAUUACCCGGCGUGCCUCGCGGGAAAGAUGGCGCUGGGAGAGACGAAAGAAGGAUAACUUUCGUUCGGAUCCUAAACAACGUACGCUCAGUGAGAGCUGGAUUUCGGCGCAUUGGUCGUGUCUUUGGAAGCCAGUGAAGCAUGAACGGCGGACCUGGUGUCUUUACUAUCGCAGUAGAGAACCGAAAAUAACGUUAAAUGACGAAAUGCGGCUUCUGACGGUAGCAAAGUGUUAGUUAGCAAGCAGGCGGACUGGUGGUGCUGAGUGACUUAACACAGUGCACAAACUUUAUCACCGUGGCUUGGAGUACGGGCUUGUUCAUCUAAUCUGAUCGUCUGGUUCUCCACAACGACUUAGGAACAAAUAAUAGUCGGUCAUCAAUAGCCUGGGAGUUCACAUGCCAGGAGGAGAAGGGCAAGUUGGAGGAAGAGGAGAGCGAGAAGGAUUGAGUUUCCCUGGUUACCGGAGGGACACGUUCACUGCAAUGACUGGCGCUUGAGAAUGUCCUGGGCCUGACAACAACUGAAUCUCAGACACCACCACCUCACUUUUUGGGAUAAACCGUCAGUGUGUGGACAGAGACUGAGCUUCUAGAAUGAUGAGUGCAGCCCCAGCCCGCAAGCCGUACCGCAAGGCACCUCCGCAGCACCGUGAAACCCGGCAGAACCAUCCCAUUUUACGAGAGGACCUUACUGGCAGCCCCACAGCAAACUGUGACUCUCUGGCUCCAGCACAACAUGCCCCCAGCAAGGAGUCGGUUUCAGAUGCAGACAAAGUCAAGAUCUUACAACAGCAGAAUGAAGACCUGCGUCGCCAUCUCACACAUACCACCCACAAAAUGGAGGCAAUGGAGGCGGAGUUUGACAGCCGUCAACACUACAUGCAGACAGAGAUGGGCCGAACACGAGACGAUCUGGAGAAGAUGAAAGACAAGUUUCGAAGACUGCAGAACAGCUACACAGCCUCACAGAGAGCCAACCAGGAUUUGGAAGAAAAGCUUCAUGCCUUGCUCCGGAAAGUGGAAAGAGACAAGAAGACCAUGGAUCAAGAGAUAGUGGAGCUCACAAACAAGCUUGUGGAUGCUAAGAACACUAUUGACAAGCUAGAGGAACUAAAUGAACGUUAUCGGCAGGACUGCAAUUUGGCUGUGCAGUUGUUAAAGUGCAACAAGUCCCAUUUCAGGAACCACAAGUUUGCAGAUUUGCCAUAUGAACUGCAGGAGAUGGUGAAUAAGCACAUGAAAAGCAGUCUGCCUGACAAGACUCAGAGCCCUCAAGGAGCCCAUGGCCAAGACCCAGACACACUCAGUCUGACACCUGCUGAUGUGGUGCCCACGUCUGUUAUUGCACGGGUACUUGAGAAACCUGAACCCCUUGUUCUCAACUCUGCUCAGUCCAGCAGCAGUGGCCGCCCAGUGGCUGAGGAUGUGUUUGUCCAUGUGGAUAUGACUGGACCCCGAAAUGAGAGUGCUGGCCGAGAGAAUGGGGGUUCUGGUCAGACUAAGCUUAGUACCGGCACUGCAUCUGAGCAGUCGCAUCUUAAUGGUAUGUUCCAAAGUCCAGAAGGCCAGUCAGCUGACAGUGGGUCAGCACCAUCCUUUGAGAAGUUAAACCCCUACCCUACACCUCCUCCCCCACAUCCGCUCUAUCCUGGCCGCAAAGUGAUUGAGUUCUCUUCUGAUGAUAAGGUAAAGAUCCCUAAGAACAGCCCACUGCCCAACUGUACAUAUGCCACACGCCAGGCGAUAUCUCUUAGCUUGGUACAAAAUGAAGAGGAAGCUGGAGAACGGCAGCGUACUGUCCCCAACAGCCCUGCAGUGUCUGAUGGAGGUUGGCGAUCUGGAACCUCCUCAUCUUCAGGUGGAGGGCAUGUAUCGUACCCCAGGACACCUCAGCAGAGUGAUUUCACUGACCCUUUGUCUAGCCAGUCAAGUCCAUUCAGCAGCCCGCCACAGCCACCGAGUGCCUUUGCCAGUUCAGGUAGCUCUGAGGAGGACUUGCUUACCAACUGGCAACGAAUGUUUGUAGAAAAGAUCGCACCAGCCUCAGAAGGGACCCUGGUUAAUCGCACCUCCUUCAGCAGUGAGACUGUAAAGGAACUCCAGAAGAGUCGCAGCGGCAAGUCCGGUAGAGGAGCUUCAGACCGAGGUAUCCUGCGUGGGGCCUACUCUGAUGGAGAAGAGGGCUCCUCUACGCAAAGUUGGACAGCCAGCAGAGAGUCCAGCCUGGAUACUGAUACAAGCAGCAUUGCAGACCUGCGCACAAAAAGGGGUGAGUAUGGUGCUACCUUUUCUCAAGAGGAAAGUGAGCAACUGCUGAUGGCUCUUGACAAUGAUGAUGGUGCCAGUGGUGACACAAUGGUCAUGGCGGAGUCCAGCCCAGUCUCUUCCAAGCAGCAGGGGUUUUCUGAAGAUGGUGGGUCUGUAGGCAGCCCAGCCGAAGAGCGAGACAUCCUUCCACAGGACUUACCCAUCAUCAGCCCCAGGGUCCUUGCUGGCUUGGAGGAUUACACAGAAAAGCCUCCUGCUCACCGUCACCAUAGUGGCCCCAACCGACCUCAGAAGAGCCCCAAAAGGAUGGGGGUCCAUCACCUGCACAGGAAGGAUAGUCUUACCAGGGCUCAAGAGCACGGAAACCUGCUGGACUGAGAAAGAGGCCUAGCCCCUUGCUCCUUAUUUCACCUACAGUGCUCUUCUGCUUGUUAGCUCACAAGUCUUACCAGGCCACAAAAGGAAGCAGGAAUCAUAUAGUGACUGAUCAACUAAUACCCAGGCUGCUUUCCUUUUAUGGGUUAUUACUGUAACACUUGAGCCACUUCUCAGAAGCAAGAAGUUCACUUAGUUAUGGUAUUUAUAUUACAGAUUAAGGUGGUCAUCAUACCUUUAAAGAAGUCUGUACUUCAGUCAUCCUUUAAGAAUGUGAGAGCAUGUAAGAAGUUAAUUUUUCCAUGCUCCAACAUCUUCAGGACAUCUUCAAGCUGUGGUGUAAUUAUGAGAUGAAUCAGGAUAUAGCCAUAUAGACACCUCUGUAUUUGGCCAAUGUAAUGUAAUGGGGGAGAUCCAAAUGAAAUAGCACUGUAACUUGUUGCUGUAAGGUACUGAAAUACCACAGAAACUGGAAGAAAGUCCCCUUUUCUGUUGCAGGGUUUCAGCGUGAGAGCUGUCUAUCUUUAAAGAUUAAAGAAUGAGUUGGUGCUCUAGACUGAGAUCCAGAUACCGUUGUAUGGUUUGGAUUAUGCAGGUUUCGUGAGAUCCAGUGGAUUUUAAACUUUCAGUGCCUAACCCUUUUUAAUGACUAAAGUUUUCCCAUCAACCUUUAAAAAGUAUUGCUCCUUAUGUCUACUUUCAGUUUAUGUCAGAACUAAGAAUUCCAUCUCACUUCACAACUACCAAACUAACAAACACCAAUUUUUAUUGAGCUGCCAGAGUAAUUUAUGAUCCAAAAUAAUUUUUUUUACUAUGAAAGUUCCUGGUAUGUGGCGAAGGUCCAUAAGAGCAUUUCUUGGUAACUCCCACUCACAAUGAGAGUCUGUGGAAUAGAAUUGGAUGUCUUGUAUAACUACUAAAUCUUUUAAAUCUUAAACAUUCUACUGAUGUUUGUUUUUGAAAUAUAGUUAGACAAAAUUUAGACCUAAAUCUGAGCUUUGGUUAUCUAUCUUUCCCCUCUGAAGAAUGUGUGGAUUUGUUCAGCAUUUAUUUAAUUUCAUUUGUUUCUUCAGGAUUCAGUAUGAGCAAGAAAACAUCACACGCUAGGAUUCCAGUGAAAGCAAGAUUGUUAUUUAUUGGUGUCCAAUCACGUAGGUAGUCAUCCGUUUUCAUAGCUGUUGCCAACAGAGAAAUUUUACUCACUACAAUUUAAUGUAUUUUAAACAAUACAAAUGGCUGUCAGGAUAUUUAAAAAUUUCUCAAUGCCAUUAAAAAUGUCCAUGCUAUUUUUAUCAAAUGUAGGCCAAAGGAAAUCUUCAUUUCAAGCUCACCAACUGGUAAAAUAACAGUAUGUCACUUGAUGUAUGUUAAGGGCUCCUGAUGGACGCAUGCAACUGGUGCUAUAUCUUAUUUUCCCCAAAUGUUUGAGAUAUUUUCAAAGAAACUCUGAAUCACUAUUAAAUUGUCACAACUUGGGUAUUCUAAAAUAUUGACAUCUUAGUAUUAAUCUAAUCUUAGUAGUUCAGCAUUUAUUGAUAAAUAUUGGCCUAUGCUAGAACGUAAAAAUACACAAAAGAGCCUUCUCCUCUUUACCUCCAUACUAAAUACGGCAGUCGACGCAUCAAUCUGGAACGACUGCCUUUGUCUAUUAAUUGGCACUCCAUGGAACUGUCUGGGAGUUUAUUACAGUGAAAUAAAAUCUAUCAAUAUGUUUGAGUUAGUGGUCAUUAAAGUUAGUAUUUAAUUAACAUGAUGUCAGUUGAUUAUUUAUUUUUAUAAAUUCUUAAGAAACGUCAUUUAAAAGUAUACAUUUGUCUGUUUUGGAGUGCGAACCAUUCUGUAGCUGAGACCAUUUCUUUGGAGUUACAGUGCACUACAUGGGUCCUACAAUGUCAGCAUUACAUGCCUUUAUUUAGUUCAUAUACAGUCAGGUAUAUAAAUAUAUAGGAAAUUGACAAAGUUGUUAUUUUAGCAAUUUUUAUUGUCUAAGACAAUAUAUUGCAGUUGAAUUGCAGUUACAUUAGAAACAUUAGCUGAAGGUUCUGACAUAAUUGCAGAUUUAAUUUGAGUCUAUUUACAUCCAAAUCUGGUGAAUGAUGCAGGAAUAAAAAAAAACUUGUAUAUGUCCUAUAAGGGACCAGAUUUAAUUGGACUGUAUUGGACUAGUAACACACCAGCUCCAUAGCAACAUGUUAUAUUUCCUCAUCAUUUCAAUUAAAAGUAAGCAGGUAAAAAAAUGAUUUCAAGUGUAGUAUUUGCAUUUGAUUUUCUUUUCUUCUCCAUACUAACUUUCAGUAUGAAAAGAAUUGAAAGUUAGUUAGAACUGAACAUGAUCCAAUGCACACCACCUCAUCUUAUGGCAUGGACGUGUAGGGCUGAGGCUACUUGUAGAAGGUGCUGUAAUUCCUACACUGUUCACCUGAUUUAGAUGCAAAUUCCCUUUUAUUAAAGCUGAACUUUAUGUAAUAUCAGCUGCAAUACACUGUGGUAGAUAAUUAAAAGAAUACACACGAACUCUACCCCAACCAGCUAACAACAGUACUGUGUAUACAGCAUCAGUGCCAUUCUUCCAGAAUCUGAGUUAUGUUUAUGUACGUUGUAUCCAUCAGCAAGUUUUACGUAUUUAAAGACGAAUUUAUAUAUUUAAGGCAGUGUAUUAAAUGUUAACUGGUGAACUGGUCAGAAGUCAUCUCUGAAGUGUGGUGUUUCACAAGUAGAUCCUGAGUUUGUCCACAUUUUUCUUCUUGCAGUGUUGAACAUUAUAAUCUCAUUGUUAAACAAGACUCACACUGGUCAUGCAGUACGGAAAUCAUAUAAAGUGUCAUAUAUGGUAUACAUUAUAUUGCACAUGAACAUGAUUCAUAACCAUGUCAUUGUAAGACAUAUCAGUUUUCUUAAUGUGUAUUUCUCUAGUGGUUUAAGUUCUAUUGGAAGUGCCACCCAGUUCUGCGCUUCUUGAAUGUGUCCCCUUCAUGACCAGCCUGCAUACAGAAUAUGUUCACAUUCUGGUUUUCCUCGGCUUUACACUUUAUUCCUAGUGUGGCCGAUCAAUCUCUCUUUUCCCCCCUCUGUAUGUACCUCAAAGAGCCCAUAAUGAGUAGAACUAUAACUAGCCCCUGUGCUGAAUAUUUGAUGUCUUCUCAUGUUUGAAAAUAGCUUAGUGGUCCUGAAAGGAGCGGGAGAGACAAAGAACAGUCUGUCAGAGUCUUACACGUGAAAACGGACGUUCUUAAAUAUUUUAGGACCUCAUCAGCGAAUUAGACGAGUUCGUGCAAAUACAAAAAAAAGAGCGAGAGAAAGAGAAGGACGGCGAAGAUAAAGUGCACCUCUGUAAUUCAUGUGGUUAACACAAGAUGAAUGAAAGAACGAAGAUGAAUGUCUAAUGCGCCGGGUAUAUAAAUAGACUUUAAUAUAUGAUGUGUUAGAAGUGUAAUGACUUGCUAUCAUUACUAUAAUUGAGUUUGUAAUUGAUUGACAGUUCCUUUCUUUGAUCCACUGUGACCUCUUUGAAGGUGAGGGAAAGCAAAGUGUUGACAAAGUUGAGUAGGCUUUUAUUUUUUCUUCAAUCAAGCUUGCAGGCACAUCUUAAACAUGACGCCCACAUUUACCCUCCCUUUAACCUUCAAGAUAUUAUUUUCCAUUAAUAAUUAUUUCUUCCAUUUAUUCAUGAUUCUAUUAACAUCUACAUUUUUAUUUUUCGAUUCGAUAUUGGACUAACUUUAGCCUGUUACUUUAGAAAAGGAAAAUGUAGAUACUUAGGGAUGUGCCUUCAGUCUAUUUUAAUACUUGAAUAGCUGUAAGAGCUGACGGACGGAUAUUCUUCUAAUCGUUAGGAGAGAAGAAAAACAUUUUACCGUGCAGUUAAACUUUCCUCCUGUUGUUGGCAUUGCACGUGUUUUGGUUGAACAGACAUCAUACUGAUACGUAAGAUAUGUAACAAAAUUGUUAAAUACACAGCAGCAGUUUUAUUGAAUGUCAGCUGAAUAUCCUUGGAGCCCAAAUGCUACAGCAUGUCACGCUGGCAUUCUCAAGAUCUACCUACUAGAUUUCAUUGGAUUAAGGUGAUCACAGUGGUAAUGCAUGUUUAUAUGAAACUGUCUAAAGAUAUUUACAAAGUAGAGCCUAUUAGCUAAAGCAGUGAAUGAAACGUAUGUGAAAGCAGCACGAGAGCAGCGACUGGUGUAAACUGUACUGCGCCGUGUAAUGGUUGUUACGAGAAUGUGUCACUUCUGGUGUAAAACAGGCUUAAUCUGAGGCGUACCUGAUUAGUGUCCACUGAAGUGAAAUGAUUCAUGCUAAAUGUUCUUAGAAAUAUAUUCGCUCUUAUCCCACAGCCUUCAUAUCUAACCACAUGCAUGAAGGAAAGCAAUGGUCCACUCACCUCCAACUUGAACAACACUAUAGUGCUGUGCUCCGCAUCAGAAUAUUGCCUGACACGGUUUUUCUUUUUCUUUUGUAUACUUCUCACUGAUGUCAUUUGGACUUUAGGCAUAAUGAACGCCUGACUAGUGAUUUUAGUAUUCGAAUACUGCUGCCUCAAAUAGCUAACACAGUAAUCGAAUAACGAUUCAAACAGCUGAACUUGACAUUUACUGGAUAAUUUACAGUAUUUCUUUUAUUACUUUUGUUUUCCGGUUAUGGUCACUUGACUUCUAUGUUCCAAACGUGGCCUAUUUUUUCUAUUAGUGCUAGCUUGAAGCCGUGCUCUGUAAAUAUUCACAUGUAUUUGAAAUACCAAAAGGGUGUCAAUGCAUCCAAAAACACCGUCACUCAAAAAUAAUGAAGAAUCUAUUUCAUGUUAAUGACUCAGGCACAUUUCAAACACAACUUCUGUUUAGCUAUGUGGUUUGUCACUGUAAAAUCUGUCUGUCCACAUGCUUGCUUAUUUUUGGCGUGUAUUCGUUUGGUGUGUACAAAUCGUGCUUCCUCUUUCCUCGGUCUGACUGAAGAGAGAUGGUGCUUCUGUCAUUCAUGUUAGUUCUUUUAAAUGGGUUUUAUUUGUUUCCCCAUUACCCUCCUGUGCAAUGUCUUCUUUAUUUAAAUGUUACUUGAGAUUUGACUGUGUAAAUAUUUGUUAGUGAAGUAGCGACACCUUGUAUGAUUUUUUUUUCUUCCUGUAAAAAAAUGACCUUAAAAAGGGAGAAAAAUUCUACAAAAAAAAAGACUGUUAUACUCAACUAAUUUUAUCUUCUUGAUUUGUAAACUGAUGUAUAUUUUAAAGCAAAUAAACCUAUUUUAAAUCUAAAA